GUUGAGGCAGUGUUGAUACAGAAUCUUGCUUGCAUACAUACAUGUAUACCUUACUAGCAGAGACAGAUCCAAAAGGAAUUUAGACAUUUCAGCUACUAAAAGCCCAUGGGCCAAUAGCAAAAGUAAGAAUGAAAGUUAAGGCAGUGGUCACCAGUGUUGCUUUCGGAAUCAUAAUUGUAUAUGUAUACCUUGUCAAUUUCCCAGCUUUUAAAAAGCCAGUUGCAAACACGUGGAUUAAUGAUAGGCAAAUGAAUCCUGAAAAACAGUAUAACAACACAUUGGAUAAUAAACAUCAAGAGGGUGUUCCACAACAAAGGCGGAAGGUUAAUACAGCACAUCAGACUAAAAGAGGUGUUUUCUAUCUGAAAGUUAACAAAGCGGGGAGCUCCACACUCCAAGCAAUGUUUAAUGGAUAUGCUGAUAAACACGACCAAAUAGUUGGAAUGCCAUGCAGUAAUUCUGGUGUUGAGAGACACUUGGUUGGAUGGCCCGAACCAUUUAAACCAGAACAUCUCAUCCCUCUGAGCAAGAACUACACAUAUUGGGAACAUCUAAAUGAGCAUAUAAAAUACAGUUCAAAAAUCAAACAAGUUAUGGCCCCAGGGAGUGUAUUCGUCGCAUCAAUCCGUGAACCAUUUUCACAUUUCUUUUCAUAUUAUAACUUUUACUACAUGGAGAAAACCUAUGAAGGAUAUCUUAAAGGGCCUAAUAAAUUUAAAUAUUUUUUAGAUAACAUUAAAACUAUGCCGCACCUUGAACUAAUCCACCAUAUGCCUCCUAGUAACCCAAUUGCACAAUGUUUUGGAAUCAAACAGGAGGAACUAUAUAAUACCAUAGCAAUACAAGAAAAAAUCGAAGAGAUUGAAAAGGAGUUUGACUUAGUAAUAGUAGUUGAGCACAUAGAGGAGAGCCUGAUUUUGUUGACCGAAUGCUCGGAUUUAACAAUUGAAGAUGUAGUUAUUUUGAAAAAUGCAAAUGUCAGGAACCUUAAAAAAUCCAAACCAAUUUUAACUCCAAAUGAGUACGAGAACCUCAUCCAAUGGAACUUAGCUGACACAAUGAUAUACAAUCAUUUCAAUAAAACUCUAUGGGAAAAGAUUGACAAUUUUGGCCGUGACAAAAUGGCCAUAAAGAUAAAAGAACUCCGAAUGGCUCAAUCAAUAAAGCAGAAAGAAUGUGACUCUGUUAAGACAAAACCUAAUUUGAAAAGAAUAGAAGAUUUGAAAAUAAAACAUGACUGUAUGAUCCAAAACCUAGAUUAUAUAGGUGCUGAUAAAUACUUCAGGAAUAAGAUGACUGAGAAAGGAAUCUAUGAUAUUGAAAUAGCUCAAAAAACUUGUAAAUAUCCUCCUGGAAAACAUGGGGAAUAGCGUGAAAAUGUGAGCAAAUAUAAACAUUUAAAAUCAUUAAGUAUUUAAGCCCUGGCCUGGACUCAGUGCAUUGUGGACUGAAUCAUAUUUUUCUGAAGUUGUUGUUUUCAAAGAACAUG